GGUACCACUGUCGUGACGUCAACAGAAGAAAUUAAACAUGGCCGACAGAUGGUGAUAGUAACAAAAGUUAGCGACGAUAAAAACCUGCAAACUUCGAUGCGAAUAUUUGAGCAUUCCUGCGCGUCUUCUUUUCGGUUUUGGAUGGUGGUCAGUCUCAUGUGGGAUUUUGAGGUUGAACGUGAGUCCUUUGGUCCGUAAAGACACUCACCGACACGGGCUUUAGCCGGCCUCGGCUCGGUGGUAGCUAGCAUAGCAAUAGCAACCAAACCAGCGCCCGCUAUUGUUUUUGUCGAAAUACGUCCAGAGAACUGGACUGAAUAAACAUUUUUCUGAUUUUUUUUUAAUACAAAGGCUUACAGUCUGCAGCUAUUCUGAAUAUUUUUUAGAUCUAAUUAGAAUUGUGCUUGGUUGGACUAGUCACCAAACAAAACCUUGCUCGCCGUUGCCUUGGACUGUACCUGUUUGCAAACCCAGGAGAGAUGGACCCGAAGCGAGCGCGCGGCAGAUCGUCCCACGCUAGCGGCGCGAGCAGCGGGGACUCGAGCUGCGGCAGCCCGGCGUCCCCGUCGAGCAGCCCCGCGCAGCCGGCGGGCCACGCCUUGCUGCCCGCGGCCAACGCGUUCGCCAACGACGGCAGCUUCAUGGAGCUCUUCAAAAAGAAGAUGGAGGAGGAGAAGAGGAAAAAGGAGGCGCAGCAGGAAACAGGUGGAGAUGGAGCCACCGAGCAGGGACAGACCUCAGAGGAAAAGAAGGCUCCUCCUGUGACCUUUGUGGGGAAGCGCCGAGGCGGUGUGUUCCUAAAGACCGGCAUGGUUGCAAAGAAGCAGAAACAGGAUGCAGAUGCUGAGCCAGGCAAGAGCGAUGCUUGGUCAAAGUACAUGGCUGAGGUGAAAAAGUACAAAGCCCACCAGUGUGGUGACGACGACAAAACCAGACCUCUGGUCAAAUAGGCCCCCCAAACAGGUGAACAUGUGAAACCAGAAUGCUUUUGGGAGAAGUCCACCCAGGAGGAGCUGCAGGGGGGAUGGCCUGUACUGACCCUCUCAUACUGCCUGUACAGGCAGUCGUUCCCUUGGUGUUUCACAAACUGUUUAGACUGAAACACUUUUCUUUUGUAUUCUUAUUGAUCUGCAUUUUUYUUUUUUUUUUUUUUUUUUUUUUUUUUUUUGCUGGUGUCAAAAGAAGUCUAAAAAACUUGUUUCCAGGUAUUCUGAUCCAUAAGGUUUGUCAUGUCUGAUUAUUGUCUAUAAUUCAAACUGAUUUGGAAACCUGGUCAAAGGUUCAAUUGAAUUAAAAUUCUUCCUUUCCUUGAUUUUUAUUUUAUUUUUUUGUAAUAAAAAUGGGUGUAAGGCUGGACAAGAUGCCUCCAAAGGUUCCUCUA